GGAGGGACUUUUGCCAUUCUCAAGAAGUACACAGUAAAAGUAGUUCAUAGUAUUUGUGCAACAAGUGUAUGAAGCAAUAAGUCCUAACAUUAUUCUCAUAAAUUACCCUGUUCCUCAAUCGCAGAUAAUAUAAAUGACCCACAUGCCAUCCUUUAAUUUGAAAUCCUCACCGGAAGUGUUCCUGCACAUACGAAACGUCCAGCUUCCCAGGGUUGUUUUAUUGCAUUACCGUAAACAUGUAACUAAUCGCGCAUUCGAAAUACAGGGGCGGCUGGUUUGACCGCAGUUUUCGACUGGAUGUGUCAUUUUAAUUCAAUGAGUGACACGCCUAACCUGCGUCAGAUUUAAAUUCUUUCAAAACAAAAGACAAAAACCGAAAGGAUGUUAAAACAUUUAUAGCUGCAGGUCCUCACUCAAAACACUAACAUGUAAAUAACACUAAGCAGGAUUCAACAACUGAUAAGUUAAGGCAACUAUGUCUCUACAUUCACAAGUUUAGGAAUGUCAAUUUGUGAUUAUGAACAACUUUUCGCUGCUUUUUAUUUUUCCCCAAGAAACUGUGGUCAAAUGAUAUUGCCAAAUUAGUGAAAAGGAAACUUAAAAAAAAGUAUAAUAUAGUCAUUUGUGAAUCACUAAAGAUAAAUCAACUUUACUUCAUGAAGUCAGGAAACAUAAAAUUGUACAUUGAUAAAGGCAAUUCCUUUUACACUAAGUCACAUGGUGUGCUAUAACUGGAAAAGAAAGUGAAAGUGAGCAGCUGUUAUUAUAUAAAAGAUACUUUCCUGUCGAGUUGAAAGGCACUUGGGCGAGAGGCAUAUAACUGAAGUUAUUUUUGUAGCCAUGGGAAACAGCCAAACUAAAGAAUGGAGGAGCGUACCUUGGGGAAACAAUGAGAUAGAGCUGCAGAUUGUGAAGAAAUACCAGCCUUCUAAAGAGGAUGUCCAGCUCAGAUGUAUGGUUUAUGGACCUGUUGGUGCUGGCAAGUCCAGCUUCAUCAACUCUGUGGAAAGUGUUUUACGAGGCAAAAUAACUGAUCGAGCUAAAACAGAUUCGAUCGGUGGCGAGAGCUUCACCAAAACAUACAAAGCCUACAAAAUCCGAAAAGGAGAGCCAGGGACACAUUACCCUUUUGUCUUCAAUGACAUCAUGGGCCUUGAGAGGGAUGAAGGAAGAGGAGUUUGUGUGGAAGACGUCAAACUGGCUAUGAAGGGACACGUGAAGGAUGGUUACAAGUUCAACCCUGUCUCUGCCUUGUCUGAAGAUGACCAACACUACAACAGCGACCCUUCUCUAAAUGACAGAGUUCAUGUUCUGGUUUGCGUCAUCCCUGGCAACAUAGCAGGAUUGCAGAAUGAUAAUGCCACAUUACAGUUACCGACUGAGGAUGUGAAAAAGUUGAGGGAAGUCAGACUUGCAGCCAGGGACAUGGGGAUUCCCGAAAUUGCUAUUCUCACCAAAAUUGAUGAAGCCUGUCCAGAGGUCGGCAAGGAUAUAAGGAACGUGUAUAAGAGCAACUACCUGAAGAAAAAGAUGGAGGAGGUGAGUGGCGUGCUGGGUGUUCCACAGAGCCGCAUCUUUCCUGUGAAGAACUACCAUGAAGAGCUCAACACAAAUGAUGACAUUGAUACACUGAUACUGAGCGCACUGACACAGAUGAUUGAAUCUGGAGAAGACUUUUUCGACGACCUGUAAAACUACAUUCUGCUGAGGCAGGUCUUGUUGUUAUGACAACAUGUUAAAAGCAUGUCUGGAAUGAUAAUUAUAAAGUGGGCAAUGUAGCUUUUAGGUUUUCAUGUGCAGCCUUUAAUGCAUCAUAUCUAUACUAUAUCACUACAUUGCUGAGUUAAGUAUGAAAAUGAUUUAUUCUUCAUGUGUUGGAGUCUUUGCAUUAUGAUGUUAUUUGUGCUUUUAAUGAUACAUGUCGUAUUCUAUUUUGCCAUCUCCAGGUAAUCAAGAAUCUGAUUAUGUGCAGGUCAAGGACUAAAUUCGGUUGGAAUGUAAAACUUUUUUAGAUUAAGGAUUACAUAUCCUAUACCCGUCACUGAUUUAAAGGUAUUUUCUAUUCAGUGUUGCAUUUUAUUGAUAUCAAAAUGUUACUACAGUACGGCUGUUCAGGUAAAACCACAAUAAAGAGCACAAAUAUUGAAA